AUGCUUUUCCACGUACUACGCUCCCUUACGGUUGAGGAUAAUGCCUCACUCGCUCGUCGAAAAUGGGAGUUCCACGAAGAGGUCCCUCUUGAAGGUUCCGAACGAUCGCUCUUUAUUGCCAUAGGCGUGAUUGCGCUUCUAUCCCUAGUGUCCACUCUUUCCUUGCUUUCUUUCUUGACCUAUCGAUUCAUCUACUGGCAACGUUACUAUAAAAGUCCUCUCGCCAAGAAUCAAUACGUCGUUCUCAUCUACAACCUACUUCUCGUCGACUUACAGCAAGCCAUUGCUUUUUUAAUAUGUCUUUAUUGGGUAUCGCGGGGCAGUGUUCACUACGGCGAAGCGGCCUGCUAUUUACAAGGAUGGUGGAUCAUGACAGCUGAUCCCGGCAGUGGAUUGUUUGUUUUAGCCAUCGCUUUACAUACGGGGGCAAUCGUUAUGCGUGGUCGCCAGCUCCCAUUCCGUACUUUUGCUUGGUGUGUCGUCGGACUCUGGGUUUUCAUUCUAAUUCUGGGAUUCAUUCCUGUCGGCCUGUAUGGCAAGGACGUCUUUGUGAUUUCUGAGGCCAACUGGUGCUGGCUGAGUCCUGAGUACGAGGACGAGCGUCUCUGGGGUCAUUACUUCUGGAUUUUCCUUUCCGAGUUCGGUACCGUUGUGCUUUACACCGUUAUGUUCUUCUACCUUCGAAAGCGUAUGCAACAAGCGAAGGAUCUCCGCCGUGGUCAACAAGAAAGUCUACAACGUCUUAACCGAGUCGUCAUUUACAUGGUUGUCUACCCGCUUGUGUAUCUAGUUUUGUCGCUACCUCUCGCCGCCGGCCGCAUGGCCACUGCAAGAGGCUACCCGCCUAGCAAAACAUACUUCGGUGUCGCUGGCUGCUUGAUGGCUCUGUCCGGGUUCUUUGAUGUGACGGUUUACACGUUAACACGCCGUCAUUUAUUGCUCGACACCGAACACAGCACCACCGACCGCAACUACGACGGCACCGAUUCCCAAUGUCAAACCAACAUUUCGACUGCCGGUGGUUCCAAGCCACGUAAGUUCCGCAGCAGAGGAUCUCGGCUCGGUUCUCGAUUCCAAAAGAGCGGGAACCAUGUCGAUGUCAAGGCAAAUAGACCAUUCGAGGACUCAACCGACGACAUCGUCAAUAAGAAUGAUAUGAAAAUGUCCAACUUUGGCGGUGUGCAUCAAGAAACGACGAUUGAAAUUUCACACGAACCUGUCUCUGCAUAUGAAUCUGAUGAACACGCUGAGCGAGAGCGCGAACGCCGACCCACUUGA